AUGAAGGACGACGAUGAGAACGAAGAAAACACCUUCGGGGUUACCAGGUAUGCAUGCAUGCCGUCCCUGGUCGCCCUUCAGCAGAUGAGGAACCGUCUCCAUCUCGCGUUCCUCGGUAGAAAACUCAUGAAAUGGACGAUGCUGGCCACUGGCAGAGAGCUGAGAAGAAUCGCCGGUGAACUGGACGGGGUUUACAAGGGAUUCAAUGACGAUAUGAGAGAGGCGUUUAUAUUGCUGGCAAGGAGUAGGUAUUUUUACCCGGAACUAAAUAAGAUGGUUAUUGAAAAUGUACCGAAGCAAGCUGGUGUGGUCGUAAUACCAACUACGAAAGCAGUCUCAGCCGUCAAAUUGAUGCAUUAUAAAAUUUAUGAGACUGAAGCGAAACCCUACGUCCACCUCGGUAUAGAAAAGGGCGGUCAAACGAUUCUCGAGACGAAGAAAGCUUGGUUGGAACUGCUAAAGAGAUUAAUUCUGAUGCUGCAACUGAGGACCAGUUUUGAAACAGUCGAGGGGUCUAAUAAAGCAGCUACGAAGAAAAUGAACGUGCUCGGCAAAAUUGUUAUACCAAAAACAAACGUAACGAUGGCAUACAUAAAUAACGAACUAGAGGAGUUGGCGAGAGAAGAGUUUUUUAGACUUAAAAAGGUAUUAGACAUUAAGAGGAAGUUGAAGAAAGGUAAAGAGGUAAAAAAGCCAGUUGAAGAGAAACCUAAAAAGAAACGAAAACCUAUAAUACCACCACCAGAAGAGAUAGAAGAAGGCAAAUGCAUUCUAUGUGGAGCAAUUAUACAAGAGGAACCCAUUACUGAAGAAGAGAAAGCACUUCAAGAUGAGAAACUUGAACGACUUAAAGCGCAAAUAAAUGAAAUUGUUAAUAUAACACGGGGAUUAAAUGAAGAGGGAAUAUUACACACUAAUGUAAAUGAUUUUUUAAAAACCGCAGAAGAUUUGAAGGAGAAGAUAGGAACUAGUGAAUAUAGCUUUGACUUUGAACAAAUUUCGGUUGAUUUAAACAUAGACGAGUUAUGUCUUGAUUGUAGAGUAAAAUAUUUAGAAGAACACAAGAAGAAAGAAGUUGAAGAACCAAGUACGUCAACAACUGAGGAGCCUUUGCUUCCCGAAGAAUCUAAAGACGUACCAAGUCCUGAUUUAAGUCACGCCACAGGCGUUACUAUAAAAGAGCCAUCAAAGGAAACUUUGCGAUCUGGAAAAACUCCACAGCCGUCCGAAGUUUAUUCACAACCGGAUAUUGAGUUAGGCACAUUUGAAACGGAAGAAAAAGAGAUAGUUAAAAUAAAACGUGUAAGAAACGAAGAUGGCACUUAUUCUGAACAAAAGAAGGUUAUUAAAAUAAAGAGAGAAGUCAAAGCACCAGUGAGAGGCAAAUCUACGGCAUCAAAUGCAAAUAAUAGUAGAGUAUCAGAACAACAGUCUGAAGCGUCAAGGAAAUCACCAUAUUCAGGUUCUAGAACAAUUGGGUUAGUGGAAUUGAAAACUGGGAAAAAGGCUGUAAUGCGAAAAUUUUAUCAAAGAAAAGUAAAAUCAGUCCCAAUAACGCCAGCAUGUCUAAUAACGGAACCUAUGCAAAGGUUCAGUGUAUCUAGUGCUACAUUACUCCAGUUAGAUUCAGAUACAAAUUACAGUAGUUCAAGUGACGAAUUCCUAAUAAUAUCUUACAGUAAAUCAGAUCUUAAAAUAGGGAAAGCUAAAGGAAAUCAGCACGAUUCUACUGUGGCUAUAGCUGCGGUCACCACUUCAGAGGAAGAAUUAUUGUUAAAAAUAUUGGAUACAUCCGAUAUAUAUAGUAUUGGGCUUAGAUCCCAAUCAAUCCUGAAAUUGAAUAAGUUAUCAAAACUAAUUGUAAAAGAAGUGUAUAAACAACCGGAAACACCGUCUCCUGGACUAAGCACAACGACAUCUUGGCAAACUAAAGAAGGUUUAGAAUCAGAACAUAUACUUGAAAGUGAUUUAAAACUUGAAUACAUUAAAAAGCAUAUAAAUGAUUUAAUCAUAUUGGGAAAGACUUUUAUAGGGACAGGGGUUGAAUAUAUUGACGUUACAGAAUUUUUACAAAUCUGUGAAAAUGCCAAAGAAAAAAUAGAGGAAACAUUUAAGACCAAUAGUGAAAGUCAGUCUCCAUAUAAGGAAGAUUAUAACACAAGAUUAGACAAUUUUAAGGGUCAUUUACGGGAUGUAAUUGAAUUAGCAAAAGAUUUAAAAGAGGACACUAUUGUUGAUCCCAAUGUAGAAAAUUUUAUCCACGCAUGCGAACAAGUGGAUGAAAAAAUAAAUGUCGAUCGCACAAAAUCGAUGAAAAGUACAGAUAAAACUCGGUUACAAAAACUAGAUAGCCAUAUUGAUGAUGUUGUCAGAAUUACUAGAGAGUACAAAAAACAAGGUAUUCUGUCACCUAGCGUUGAAGAAUUUAUGAAUUCUUGUAAGACAAUAAAGUUAAAAAUCAAAGAAUACUCUGCGCAAGAAUCAAAAGUGGAUAAAAUCAAUCAUCUAAAAGAGCACGUAUCUGAUCUAGAGGUUUUGACUGAUGAAGUCAAAAAGAAAGGGCUAGAAUCAAAAAGCAUGGAAGACUUCUCUAAAUCUUGCAAAAAGUUUAAGGAUAAAUUAGAAAGCUAUGCCAAGUCAGACCGAAAAGAUAUCGCCUUAAGUACUCUGCUAGAACAAAUUGACGAGACAAUUGGAAUAAGUAUGGAAGCGAAAGAUAUAGGAAUAGUUGGCGACAGUAUAGAAGACUUGGUGAAAUCUUCAGAAAAACUUAAAAAACGAUUUAUGCCUGUAGAAGACACUAAAUCUAGAAUAUUAAAAAGUUUAAAAGCAAACAUUGAUGAUGUAAUGUCAAUAAUAGACAGGUAUAAAGAAGAAAGUCUGGUAUCGGAUAGUGUGGAAGAUUUUCUAAGAACAUGUGAAAUGGCUAGGCAUAGGAUUGACGAAUAUGAGGUUUUCCCUCCAAACACUGAGGUUAAACCUUCGGAACCACCGUGUUACGGUAAUUGUGGUGUGAGUUGUAAUACGCCAUACCACACCGAAGUCAUUAUGCCUAGUGAAGAUAUGGAAAUAUGUAAAUCAUGUAAUAAAAUGUUUCAAAAAGAGAAUUCAUCGCUUACACCUUGUGGGUCGUGUACUGAUGAAAUGAAAGAAGUUAAAGUUCCCUCCGACUUUAGCGUGUGCGAGACUUGUUCAAACACAGCUGAACCUAUCUUAGAGGUUGUCGAAUCUCCAUCUAAAAUUUCGGACGAUGACUCGGAUGACAUUGUAUAUUGUGAUAUUUGUAGAAAAGUUGUGAGAACUAAACAUGAUCAUGAACCACCGACGGUAGAUAGCAAAACGGGGUAUUUUGAGAAAAAGAAACGAAAAGUGGUAAAAAUUACAAGAUCUCAAAACCCCGACGGAACUAUAAGGGAAGAAACUCAAACUAUAUCGAUUAGAAAAGUUAGACGCGAUAAUACACAGACAUCAUUAGAAGACGACGAUGACGAUGAUGAUGACGGCGAUACAUCUGAAUCGUCGGAUGAUGGUACGCGAGUAGCUUUGUGUACUCUACGAGAUCACAAUCAGUGUGGUUUUUUUGCAAACCGAUUGAUUAAAUCUGAUAUAGAAUUAAAAACGCCCCUAAUGAUAUCGGGCUUACGGAGUUGUAUAUCUAUGGGGACUAUGGCUUCAAAUGCUAAUGAACCUUUAGAAUUACACAUUAAUUCUAGCAAUAAUUUCGAAUUAGAAAGCGUUUAA